AUGAAGAGCUGGUUGUACGCGAAGGAACGACCCUCGCGCGUCCUCAUGUUCGUCCUCUGCUUGCUGGUCGCAUACGCGGCCCAGGCGAACGCGCUCGCGACGAACGGAAGUGGCCGAGCCAUCGAGGAUUACGUCCUCGACGCGGAGGUGCACAAGGUGGCAGUGGAGCGUCGAAUAUUCAACUUCCGGAAGAACGGGGUCAAGGUCGACGUGAAGGUAGUCCCGUCGGUGAAGGUCGAGUCAAGCAAGAACGUCAGCAAGGACGCCGACACCGACAACGACGACGACGACUACUUUCCGGUGUUUCCCGUGAAGGACAUCGGCAAGUGCAUCUUCGAGUUCUCGUUGGGCUGUAUCAGGAAGCGCUUCGUCCGUUUCCUGGAGACAGUAGGUCGUCUCGAUGAGAUCACGUUGCUCGGACAGGACGUGAAGCUGGUGAAGAACAGAAUCGCGCGCUCCGACGGCCGCGCCGCGAGGAAUGACUCGGACAUCAGUCUCGAGCGCAGCGUGGAUGAUUUAUUCGACUCCUUCACUCUGCGUAUCACGCUGCCUCGGUGGAACAGCAAGCGAGAGAAGAACCAGAUCGACGUGAUGCUGGACGAUAGCUCCGUGGCAGAAGGACGAAUGAAAGGAGGCGGUGGCGGCAAGGGCGGUGGUAAGGGCGGUGGCAAGGGUGGCAAGUGCAAGAUGAUGAUGAUGGGCAUGCUGAUGAUGAUGAAGAUGAAGCUGAUGGGAUUGGCGGCGAUGAAGGGCAUGAUGAUGGGCGGCAUGUCCCUGAUGCUGUCCAUGAUGAUGUUCUCGCAGAAAUUUGGAAAGGGCGGUGGUGGCGGCGGAGGCGGCGGCGGCGGCGGCGGAGGUGAUACGUUCACAUCUUGA